AUAGUUGGCGGUGGAAUGGUAGAUCCCCAGAAUCAGAUCUAGGGUUUCAACGGAGAUAAAUGAUGGUGCCCCCCAGCGUCGGAUCGUCAUCUUCCCCUUCUGGUACGAUGAAGCGGCGGCUCAAUGACGGCGUUGCUUGCAGCCUUUUGGUUGAGGACAAAGGAGUCAUGAACUUGGAAGAAGAGGAGGAAUACAUGGACGAGGACGAAGACGAGGACGAUGAAGAGUCCAUAAGAAUUUUUCAGGUUGCGGAUGAUGUUUGGGAGAGUAAAUCCUUCUCCAAGUGGAGGAAACCGAAUUGGGCCUGUUUUUAUCAUGAAAAAAUGGAUGAUUACUUUGAGCGACUACCUAAAGAGUAUUUCAAGCCUGGAGAGGAUCCCCGUUCCGAAAUAACCUACGAGUUGAAGAUGGGUCAUACGUUGUGUGACUAUAUGAAGAAUUUUCCUUGUGGCAAAGCAGCUAUUCAUGGUGCCAGAUUAGCCAUUGAGUUUUUCAAUAGAGAAAACAAGAAUGGAAAGACAUUGGAGUAUAAAUCGCUCUCUAGGGUAAGAAUUGGCUCUCGAUGUUUUGCGCCUUCCGGUUUUGUAUACUUUUUAACAAUUGUGGCAAUCGAGAAUGAUUCUGGGGUUGAGAGAGAAUUUCAAGCCUCUUUAUUCCGGCCUAAUCCAGACAUGAAAAUUUGGUAUUUGAGGGCCUUGAGGGAAAAACCAUAUGUUUUUUGAGGUAAUUUCGUACAAAAUUAUCUCAUUAGACUUAUCUUGCAAAACCCAAUUAGAGAGUUAUUGAGUAUGUUUAAUAAAUGGUUCCUAAUUAUAUGUGAUUUUUUAUAUUUAGUUUCUAAUUUUUAGAUAUUACAUAAAUGACUCUUAAGUUUUGAAAACUAUUCCAUAAAUAGUCUUUUAUGCCUAAUAUGACAAAAUAUUUUUCCACAUGUAGUCUAUGAAGAUUGAAGAAUCAAUUAUGGAAUAGUUUUCAAAAAAUUGAAGACUAUUUAUCUAAUAUCUUAGAAUUGGAGACUUAAAAUGAGAAACACUUGUAAUUACGAACUAUUUUUGGAAUUUACUCAAAUUUAUUUUACGGUAUUAAUAUGGAUUACAAAUGUAAUAUAAUUGGUAAUUAAAGUUUAUCCAAUCAGACAAAAAAAAUCAAAAUAGACAAAUACUUUGGGAUAGAGGGAUUACUUGGUUAUAUUGUUGUAUACUAGUACUAGUAUAUACAUUGCGAAUUAUUGGUCAAAACAAAAGCGUUAGUAAUGCAUAUAAGAGUACAUUAAAAUAAUUUUGCAUUGCAUCUUAAUACAUGAAAAUAAUUUUCUGACUGUUUUCUGCAAGAUAAAUCUAAUGAUAGAAUUUGUGUACUAAUAUCUGAUACCAUAUGGUAUUGGAGGGGUGACAUGGAGGUGAACUCAUGAAAGUGAUGGGAAUGCACUUUGUGCUAUUCUUGUUCUUUUGUUUCAACCUCAUAUCUGCACUCUGUGCUUGGUAUCGUGAGUUGUAAGGAUUCUGAAUUCAAAGCAAUCUAGGGCUUGCUACAACGUUGGUGGAUGAUGUGUGUGAAAGGAACACGAAUUUCUUGUGUUAAAUUGUGUUCAUAUGAGAACUUUUUUUGUUGUAACGUUGUUAACUUUCAUCAUUCAGGUGGAUGAAUGUGGUUUUAAGUUUUGUUGUCGAUAUGAAAUCACUUUUGUUUCCCU